CUAAAUACACACUCGUCUCAUCCGCGGCCGACUCUCGUUAACACUAGCAGAAGUGCUGUUGAUGCCAUUUAAAAUCCGCUUUAAAAGAGCACAGGACAUGGUGCGCAUCUGGACUGAGGAAUAUUAUCAGUCAUAUCACACAAUUCUGUCGGGUGUCUGUGUUCAAACUACUAGAGGAUACGAAGAGAGGGAUGAAAUCACUGCUGCUGGUAUGUGUGUUUCUGCUGCCUCUCCAAACACUGGCGAUGCCAGUGCGUAACCGAUUAAUUUUUCCCAGAAACCCCGGGAAGCUUCCAGAAAGAGGGGGCAGUAUCGCCAUGGAAACUUCCAUGUCUUCGAGUACUGGGGCAAGAGAGCGCCAUACGGUCUGGAGGGCCCUCGUUCAUACAAGGCCCCCAGCGACACCGUCCAAUCAACAAAGCAGCACUCAGGGAUAUUCCUGGGAACGCCGGCAUGUUCACAGAGUGUCACGGGGUCACACACGAGGUCAACUGAUGCGUAUGGGAUGCGUGCUCGGCACCUGCCAGGUGCAGAACCUCAGUCACCGCCUCUACCAGCUGACUAGCCAGAGCGGAAGACAAGACUCGCCAAUCAACCCCAGAAGUCCACAUAGUUAUGGAUAAGACUGAUAAGACCGCAUGGUCCAUUAUGAAACCCAUCCAAAAAUGUGACAACAGUAGACCACAGUUAUCACUGCACAACAAACAGCAUUCAACAACUGCCUUCAACUACUGAACUGUUCAGGUUGUGUUCCGGGUUUUUGGACGACAAUUAGCAUUUUGGAUUUUUAUAACGGCAGUUUUAUAUUUAUGUAGUAAAGUUACAAAUCUAAAACAAGACUUUAUCAUUUUGCUCUAAAACAAACUUUGAGGCCACUGUGUUUUAUGAAAACAUACGUUGCUAUAACAAUGCUAAUUAAAGGACUACAACUACCAUAAGCAUGUGAGCAACAUGCUUUAUGAAAUGGACGACUGUUGUAGUCCUUAUUUAGCGACAGGUUAGCAACAUGCAUUUUUUAAAGACACAACGACUUCAAAAUCCAUGCUUGAAGUAUGACUGUGUGUAAUUUAUGUUCUGGAACAAAACGUGAAAGUCUCUUCACAUAAUUUUAACCACAGAUACUAUUUUACCUGUAAAUCGAAAAUCCUUGUUCUAAAAACCCAUAGGAAAUUACUGAGGAGAAUUAGCCUACCGGUUUUGCCUACAAAUUGAUGUCACGGCUGAACAACUAGAUACAGACCCUAUUAACUUUCAUAAAGGGAUAGUUCAGGUCAUCAUUUACUCUAAACUCAUGUUGCUCCAAAACUAUGACACAGUCACCAUUCACUUUCAUUGUAUGGAAAAGAGAUGCAAUCAAUGUGAAUGGUGACUGAGACAAACAGUCUACCAAACAUCUUCCUUCAUGUUCCAUUGUAGAAAAAGUCAUACAGGUUUUGAACAACAUGAGGUUGAGUAAAUUAUAACUUUUUUUUGGGGGGGGGGGGGUAACCUUGAGCCUAUUUACUCUCUUAACAUACAUUCCUAGUCUUCCAAGUCCUAUUCUAUAUAUAUUUUUUUCAUUGAAUAUCCUGUUUCACUAUGAAAUACGGCACAUUAGGAAGUUAAAUGGGUUGUGCAUGCAGAUUCAUGUUGACUGGACUGUUCCUACAGGUCUCAUUCAGUGUCUUAAAGUGUACCAGUAAGCUGUCUUUCUCACUUUUAAUACCCGAUACCCUCUUGUAAUGGAGCAUCUUGAAGCUUCAUUCCCUUUACAGUAAUCCCACACUGAUUGAGAAGAGUGCUAUCCUUCUCUCGCUUUCUAAUCUGAAACAAAUCGCCCUUGACUGAGCCAGCUAAAGCCGAACAGAGCUUCGACAUGCACAUCUUAAGAGUAAACAUCCUCUUAUAGAAUGGCCCCAAAACUAUUUAGACACUUAAAAUGUGAAGUAAUUUCUGCACAAUCUGGUCUCAUAGAAUCACGUCACUAUACCAACAUUUUUGCAAACUGAUUUCAAUUGGCUCGUUGUACUUAUCGUGGCAGUUUCCCGGUGAAACAAACACUAGAGGCACAAAAACCACAGAGCCAUGUUUACGCUCUUCGGGGAAGGAAACCUACAAAUGGCACAUUAAACUAGGAGAAAGUUUUUUAACAUGGAAAACAUGAACAGCGGCUGUUAAAUGUCCAGAUACUUUUUGGGGACACUGUAUAUUCCCAUUUAAACUUUUAAGACGUCAAAUCUUUGUCCAUUAUGCUCUAAAACGUUCAACACUUUCCGAUUAUGUGCGUGCCAACAGUCUCAGAACAUACAAACACAAAUAUAAAACAUGGGUGACAACUGUUUUCUACACAACUCUCUGGCCAAACAGGCACGUGGCCCAAACCAAACACAAACUAGUCGCUCAUAGUGGUGUCAAUGUUGGAAUGUGUAUAUUCACAAAUCACAUAGGUCAAAAGUUUCCAUUAAACAUGUAAAGCACUUUAAAACCGAGAUGAUUUUAUUACCACCUUUAAUGGCAUUGACUUGAAGAGAUGAUAUUUAAUUCUAAGUUAACAAAAGCUUUUGAGAUGUAAAUAUUUCUCAUGUGGAAGUUUGCAGUUAUCCAUUUCUGUUGUGUAUUUUAUUAUAAUUUA